UAUGGAGUUAUGCCUUAUGUAGCUCCUGAAGUAUUAAGAGGAAAACUUUAUACUCAAGCAGCGGAUAUAUAUUGUUUUGGUAUUAUUAUGUAUUUUGUAGCUACUGGAAGACAACCUUUUGCUAAUCGUGUGCAUGAUGAAUUUUUGGCAUUAGAUAUAUGUGAAGGAAUUAGACCUAAAUUAAAUGAAUUGGAGGCACCAAAGUGUUAUAUUGAAUUAAUGAAAAAAUGUUGGGAUUCAAAUCCAAAUAAGAGACCAGAUGCAACCGAAAUAAGUGAUCAAAUAUAUUCUUGGAAA